CGGCUCGCCCUGCCGCCAGUGCCUGAGAGCUCCAGGCUGCUCGGGGAAUUCACUUCGCCGCUUUCCCGCUUCUCCCUCCUCAGGCUUCUUCAGAUGGCUUUCGGUCUCCGGCCCUGUCCUUUUCUUUAAAAGGAAAACUUUACUGAGAUUUCUUUUUUCUCCUUGGAGGAGAGGAUUAAAAGUUCUCAGAACUGGUGCCUCCCGUGCCGCUGGGGCGCUGGGAAGGUGUUUGCCGGCGGGGUUCCAGUCCCACCAUGUGCACCAACAUAGUCUACGAGUGGCUGAAGGCGCUGCAGCUCCCGCAGUACGUGGAGUCCUUCGUGGAUAACGGCUACGAUGACUUGGAGGUGUGCAAACAGAUCGGGGACCCGGACCUGGACGCCAUCGGGGUGCUGGCGCCCGCGCACCGCCGCCGCAUCCUGGAGGCCGUGCGCCGGCUGCGGGAACAGGACGCUGCUGCCGCCGGCCUCUAUUUCACGCUCGAGCCGCAGCCGCCACCCGCGCAGCCCGGGCCGCUGGCCGUCGCGGUCCCCACCCGCCGCCGGGGGGAGCCGUGUGGCGGCCCGGCCCAGGGCACCCGAGGGGACCCCCGCAGCCAGACGACCGCCCCUCGCGGCAGGGAACUGGUGAGCUACCCCAAACUGAAGCUGAAGAUCAUGAUCAGGGAUAAGCUCGUCCGCGACGGCAUCCACCUGAGCAAGCCCCCGUACUCCCGCAAGGUCCCAAUGGCUGGCAUCCUAGAGUACUUAAUGAAUUGGCCGAAGUCAUCACAGAACCACUAGAUAUCAUUUUUGAGAACUCGUGGAGGACUGAUGAGGUGCCUGAAGACUGGAAAAGGGCAUAUUUAGAACCUUCUUUCAAAAGGGGAAAUGGAUGAUGACCCUGGAAAUAUUCAUCAGCUUAACUUUUUUGCUUGGAAAAAUUCUGGAAUAAUCAACUUAGUAUACUGGGUAACCAACUUACAAUAGCUAGAAAUAAGGCAGUGAAACAUCACACAUGAAGAAGUACUGAGUUCAUUUUUUAGAGACACACCAUUGUGAGAUAGAACCUUAUGCAUACUUUGGGAUUCUGCCCUCUGGACUAUGAAUUCUUGAUGAAGAUAAAUGAGGUUGGCUAAGGCAUUUGGGUACCAACAAAUUUUAAGUGUAACACAAGGCAAAAAGUUUUCUGGCAUUAGCUAGAAAUCACAUCACUUCUAAAUUAGCCUUUAAUUUGAGAAUGGUCAUUUUAAUUUUGCAUUUUAAGAUGUAUUUUUUCACUUCAUGUAGGACUGUGUUUUCAUAGGUUGAGAUAUUUUAUACAACUCUAUAGCGUAGUUUGGUGAAGGAAUUCUUAUGUUGAGGUGCUUUAUAUAGUUAUUUCAUAUAUAGGGACAAUUAUUAAGCUGACAAAUUCAGGAACAUCAGCAAGGGAAGGAACUUUUCUCUAACUUCUCUUUUUAAACUUAAUCUGGCUGAAGUUUAGUGUUAGGAUUCAUGAGUGUCUUGCUCUGACAUGCACUGAAGAAGAACCAGCUGCAUAACUUGAUGGCUAGUGGACACUGCCAUGGCCAAUGGGAAUGCCUUGUCGCCUUGUCCGUCCUCACUCCCCAGUUUCCAACGUCAGGCCUUUGGGGGACAGGGAAGUGAGUGGUGGCAGUGGGCCAUAAGAGGCCUGAGUAACCACAGCCAAAAAGGAGAGUAGACGGAAGUGGGAGGAAGAAUUAAGAUGAAUCUGGAGUUUUUCUAAUUCCUACAGUUCUUGCCUUUGAAUGUUGGCAAGUUUUCUUUUCUGCUUAGAAAAUGCAACUCUGUUGAUGGGACCAAAAACUUAGUUUAAAAGGAGAUCAUCAAGGAAGAUACAGAUAGGCAGCAAGCUCCUGGGUCAGACAGCUGCCGAAAGCAGCUGGGCAGUAUUGUAUUCCAGAAUCUUCCCUGCACCACUUAGAAGUACAUGAGUCGGGGAGGGUAUAGCUCAGCGGUAGAGUGUGUGCUUAGCAUGCACGAGGUCCUGGGUUCAAUCCUCAGUACCUCCGUUUAAAAAUAAAUAAAUAAAUAAAUAAACACCCCCUCCCCACCACCCCCCAAAAGAGAUGUAUGUAAUUUACAUUCAUUUCCUCUUGAUGCAUACUGGUCCCUAGGAAUGGGUAGUCAGCUAAGGUCUCCAAGGCUGAUUUUAUUACAAUACUGCUUUAAAAAUCUAAGGUUUACAUAGUUUAGCUACUUCAAGAGAUAAUUUAGACACUGGGUAAAAUCAGCCUCAUUCUUAAGUACAAAUGCAAGGAAAUUAAGCUCUAAAAGCCUGUAUAUGUUGUCUUUUAAACGACGUAUUACAGCUUGCAGUUUGUAAGAGUUAGAACUCUAAUCAAACUUUCAGCAUUGUUUUUUCAAGUGAACUAGAGUCUGUAAAAUUUCCAAGCUGAGUUUUUUCAUUUUUCAAGGACUGGGGGUCUUUAUAGAUGAUAGAUAUAAUUUAUUGUGAUAAUAAAUGGCUUCCUGUCCGAGACCUCAUUUCCAGGUGUGACGUCUGUGGUAGAUUUAUUUCACAGAUGUACAUUUACAUGCGUUUGUUGAACUGUUGCUAGAAAGGGCCCAAUUUCUGAAAAAUCUAUUACUUUCACUGUGGGCAUUAUGAUGCAAUCUACCACAACCAAAAAGGAGAUUCUCUGAUUGUUUUAAAAUUUAUUUUCUAUUUGUAUAAUAUCUAAAUUCAGUUAUUUUGCUAAAUUUAAAUCUUCUUUUUGUGUCUGCUAUUGGAAUUUGAAAAUCACAAGCCUCUACCUAAAUUAAGAGGCACAAUCUAGAACAGUGAAAUAGCCAAUGGAUUAUUAAAGACCUCUUACCCAAAGCUAGAGGAAGGAAACUAAAAUAAGCAGAAAAAUAUUAAAGGCAGCUUAGUAAUUCCUUUGUAUUAAGCUUAAGAAGAGUUAUUUUUUCAUAGUAUUUUUUUCUUUUAUCUAACAUUCAUGAUACUCUAAAUUUUUUAAGGUAAAGGAAAUAGCUGAGGGGCAAAUAUAUUAUCAAAACCAGAGGAUUAUCUUGCUUUGUAUUUCCUAUAACAUCAAGAGAGGUUACAGACUUUUACUUCAUAAUAUUGAGGAAUUUGGAGGAUUAAAGCAAAAUUUUUCUCAUUUCAUAUUAAAACAAAAUUUUUUGAGGUGAGGAAAGAUUUUAUUCACAUAUUUCUUGCUAGAGAGAAUGCAUAAUUUUAAGGGCUCCUACCUCACCAAAGGCAUUUAUAGCAACAUGGGAUAACUGUACUCAAGCAGUUUUUCAAUCCAGAGGAAUGUACAGCAUCUUGGUGGCGUGAAAUUAAUAGCAAAAACAAUAAGCCUUGAGUUUUUAUUUUAGAGUUCCUCAGAUAUUAGUUCAAAUUCUAGAAUCAUGUUGAUAGCUUUUUCCUGUGGUGAAUCUGUUACAAACAUAAGCUAUGGUGUAGCAUGAGGUUUGAUCUUGAAAAAUUAUUAAACUCAUCAGAACUUUUCAUCCUUGUCCAUAAAAUGGGAACAAUAAAUAUCUCGUAUAUUUCUUAAGAGGCUUAAGAGUUCUGCAGCAUAUAGUCACACAGUUCUUAGUUCUGUGCUUGACACAUAGUAGGUGUGCAAUGCCUUGCUCCCUUCCCUUCUUUUUUUCCUGUUAUAGGAAACAGAUUAUCUUAAAACUGACUGGAACACUCAGGCAUAAAUUGACAUGUCCUUAUUGCUGCCUUCAACCAAGUGAGUAGGGUCCUUUACUUUCUUAAAGGAAGGAUGAAACAAGGUUACAGUAACUGCGCACAGUAGGAGUUGAGUAAAUGUUUAUUGACUGAAUGAAAAGAAUGUGAUUUUUUAAAAAAACAAUGAGCGAAUUCCUAAGGCCAGCACUUUUCAAGUCUGGGGAAAUAGUCACAUAGACACGUAGAAAGGUGUUUUUUUCAGUGUCCUCUUUUUGUGACAGCUUUAGAUUGACACAUUUGGUGUGCAAAUUAGUGAGUGGUGAAUGUGCAUUUUCUUCUGAUUUUAUGACCAUGAUUUACAAAUUAGGAGUGCAAAUGUGCAUCCGCCAUAGCCUUUUCUGGGAUAAAUCCAGCCAAGACACGAAGCAGAUGAUGGUGGAUCAGCAAACUCUUUUCUGUGUGAAGAGAAACCAGACGCACCAGUGACUGGGAAACACCUGCCAGCAACCUGAGGCGAGCCUGUUGGGAUUGUGCUCUGUGAAGCAUCUGAGCUUUAUAAAUGGGUCCCUUGCACCGGCGUUGAAGAAUCACAAAAAGGAAGGUUGAAGAAAAUUCAAUCCUUGGACAAAAUGAUUAAUUUUUACAUAUAAUGUUUAAUUAGGUGUCAAAAUAUCAUAUUCAGGCAGGUGGAAGAUUUCUAAAUUUCAAAGUAAAUAAGGAAUAAAGAGUAGAAGAUUAUAUCCAGAGACAGACACAGGAGGUGAACAAGAGCUUCACCUUAAAAACUGCCGGUUCUUCAUUCCAACCAUGUAACAGGGAAGUCUUCAAAGAGAUCAGCUGACAACUCAUGCUAAGAAUAAAGCCAUCAUAGCUGCUGUAUUCAGUUAAACAAAAUAAGUUGUGCAGAGCAAAGCAAAUCAGCCAGGCCUUUUCUCUGUUAGAAUUUUCUAAUUUUAUUAUUCGCAGUCUCAGUGGUCAUCAAUUAAGUAUUCCUACAUCAGAUGUUUUGCACUAUCAGAUUCUUUGAUUAGAAAAUCCUCUUCAGCUUUAUGUUAUUAAUCUCUAAGGAGAUAAAGUCAAAUAACUUCCUGCUCCAGGAUCAUUAUUUUAGAUAUUUCCAUAAAAGGCAAAAAAAAAAUGGUAGUUUAGAAAAAUGAACACCACUUUUUUUUUUUACUUAUCAAAAUUGAUAUUUUCUUUUAAAUUGUAAAUUGUUUAAAUUCCUGGAAAGGAAGUGUUUUUUUUUUUUUUUAUUGUUGUUGUUAAAAGAUAACUUUUAGAAGAAAAUGGGAAGUUAAAUUCUGUCUCAAGAGCUCAGUGGUAUUUUUUUGACAAGCUGGCCAAAAUUUCUUCCAAUGGAAUGAAAGGAAGUCAGUCAACUAGUAAAUGUUGUUUGAGACAAGAAAUGUCUUUUAGAGAUGUAUUCUGUAUCACGCCCUCUGUCAGAUGAAUUUUCCCUUGUUAUUCCAAAAAUGAAACGCUAUGUUGGACACCUUGAGGGCAAAGUGGUAUAUUGAUUGGGGCAAAUAUUAGAAAUUCUGUUGUUCAUUGAAGUUGUUGCCCUGCUUCCUAAGCUUGACAAUAUUCUGAGAUACCCUAUGGGUUACUGAAGCAUUAUUUAUUGACAAGCGCUGCCCGUGUAGAAAUGUGUGCAUGGGUCUGAAAAAUCAUCUUGUGUCCAUCCAAGCAGUAGAGCAAAGGUUCGUUCUAAAUGAAAGUUGCUGUGUGGUUUUGUGUGUGUAAUUGCAAUUGACACGUUUUUCCUUUCAGUUACUGUUUUAAAAAGGGACCAUGGGAGAAGGCACUACAGAAAGCCGAACUGGAACAGCGUCAUGAGCCCUGGGACGUAUGCAUGUGCAAGCACUGUGAUUUGCAAACAUAUGUCCGCUGCUCAAUAAAUGUUCCAGCUUUCACAGCA